UCCUCUGCAGAAAUAAGAAAGCAGUUUACCCUCCAACCAGGCUUUGGGCAGUUCUGUCAACGAAGCUUAAGUACCCCUGGCUUUUCUACUCUUCAACUGCCACCUUUUUAUGACGCAGUAGAGCCAGUAGAUUUUGAAAGCUUCCUAAUGACACGUCUAAACAACUUGGACUUGGAACUAGCACAAGAACUUGGUGACUUUCCUGAACAUGACUUAGACAUUGUCUUUACACCCAAAGAGUGCAGGACUUUGCAGCCUUCUAUGCCAGAAGAUGGGGUUGAACUGGACUCACAUGUCAGAGACUGUGUUCAGACGUAUAUCCGGGAGUGGCUGAUUGUGAAUCGAAAAAGCCAAGGCAAUCCAGAUACUUGCAGUCUGAAAAACAGGGGAUCUCGAAAAGAUUUUCACAAGACACUUCAAAAACAAACAUUUGAAUCGGAAACAUUGGAUUCCAGUGAUGCAAACUUUCAGGCAGGGCCCCAAUAUGUCCACACGUUCCCAGAGGAGGCUUCGAGGACAACCAUCGCUCCUUCUGACUUUGAUCUGCGCAGCCUGCAGCCAGACCCCCGCCUAGAGAACCUGCUGCGGCACAUCAGCCCCGAGGAGUUUGAAAGGCAGAACGAAGAGGCACGGCGCACCAACAGGCACGCCGAGCUUCUUUCCCUGUACCCCUCUGUGGAUGAGGAAGAUGCAGUGGAGAUACGGCCUGUACCAGAUCGCCCAAAGGAACAUCUGGGCAACAGGAUUUUGGUGAAGCUGCAAACUCUGAAGUUUGACAUAGAGAUCGAGCCUUUAUUUGCAUGCAUAGCUCUCUAUGAUGUAAAAGAAAGAAAAAAGAUCUCAGAAAAUUUUCACUGUGACCUCAACCCUGAUCCAAUAAGAGGAUUCUUGCGUUCUCAUACACCCUCCAUUGACUUGUCUACUCAAGCAAGAUCAGCAGUAUUUUCUGUCACCUAUCCCUCGUCAGAUAUAUACCUAGUCAUAAAGAUAGAGAAAGUGCUUCAGCAAGGAGAAAUUGGAGAUUGUGCAGAACCCUACAUGGUUCUUAAAGAAGGCGAGGCUGGUAAGACCAAAGAAAAGAUUGAAAAACUGAGAGUGCAGGCUGAAUCCUUUUGUCAGCGUCUGGGCAAAUACAGAAUGCCGUUUGCCUGGAUUCCCAUAAGCCUAACUAACUUCUUCAAUCUUUCAACACUUGAACGAGAAAUACCUGAGGCCGAAGGUUUAAACGGGAAAGGAUCUGCUAGUGACAAGAAGGCAACAGGGCUACAGGCGAGAAGACUUUCUGAGAAAAGUCUCAGCUCAGAGGACAGCUCUCCAGUAUCAAACUUCAAAACAAUUUCUCUGACCAUCAACACCUUUUUCAAACAGGAAGGAGACAGGCUCAGUGAUGAAGAUCUGUUCAAAUUUUUAGCUGAUUUCAAAAGAUCGUCAUCCUUGCAGAGAAGAAUUAAGACAUUGCCAGGAACACUUAAAGUGGAGAUUUCCCCAGCUCCAGAAAACCUUGGUUAUUGUCUGACACCAGAAUUACUACCAGUGAAGCCAUUUCCAGAAAAUCGUAAUCGUCCUCACAAAGAGAUUUUGGAAUUCCCAAUUAAAGAAGUGUAUGUUCCCCAUACCAUUUAUAGAAAUCUCCUCUAUGUUUACCCUCAGAGGCUGAAUUUUGCUAACCGCCUGGCUUCUGCAAGAAAUAUUACCAUCAAGAUCCAGUUUAUGUGUGGUGAAGACCCAUCCUGUGCAAUGCCGGUAAUUUUUGGGAAAUCUUCAGGUUCAGAAUUUGUGCAAGAAAUAUACACACCUGUCACAUAUCAUAAUAAGUCCCCUGACUUCUAUGAAGAAGUGAAAAUUAAACUGCCAGCAAAACUCACAGAGAAACACCAUCUAUUGUUCACCUUCUAUCACAUCAGCUGCCAGCCAAAGCAAGGAGCAUCUGUGGAAACCCUCCUUGGGUAUUCAUGGCUGCCAAUUCUCUUAAAUGAUCGUCUUCAAACUGGACAUUAUUGUCUUCCUGUUGCAUUGGAUAAACUGCCUGGCCACUAUUCAAUUCACUCUCCAGAGAAAGUUCCACCUCAGACACCACCUAUUAAGUGGGUUGAAGGACACAAGGGUGUUUUCAACAUUGAAGUGCAAGCUGUUUCAUCUGUUCACACUCAGGACAAUCACCUGGAGAAGUUCUUCACUUUGUGCCAUUCUCUAGAAAGUCAAGUGACAUUCCCCAUUCGACUGAUGGACCAGAAGAUUACAGAGGCUGCACUGGAACAUGAAUUGAAACUCAGCAUUAUCUGUUUGAAUUCCUCACGUCUAGAACCUCUUGUAUUGUUUUUACAUUUGGUACUAGAUAAACUUUUCCAGCUAUCUGUACAGCCCAUGGUUAUAGCUGGCCAGACAGCCAACUUCUCACAGUUUGCCUUUGAAUCCGUGGUUGCAAUAGUGAACAGUCUCCAUAACAGCAAAGACCUGAGCAAAGACCAGCAUGGGAGGAAUUGCCUCCUAGCAUCUUACGUCUACUAUGUGUUUCGUCUGCCAGACCCUCAAAGAGAAGUGGUCAAGCCAGGUUCAGGCAGCAGUGCCAUAUUGACAGAGUCUCGCUAUUACACGUUUGGACGUACCUCCGCUGUGUCUGUUGGGAGCAAACUCCUGCAGAGCCGAGUGAUAAGCUGUAGCAAUCCUGACAUUGCAGUUGCACAAACCGCUACUGAUGAAGAGGUCAAAAGCAUCAUGUCAUCCAAGACUACAGAUCAUGGCUCCAGUCGGAUGUCUUUCUAUGUUGAAGGAACAAAUGAAGUGCCAAGUGUUUGUGCAAGCCCAAGACCAUCCAGUAAAAAGCAUUUCCAUGAGGAGAUGGCACUGCAGAUGGUGGUCAGCACGGGUAUGGUGAGAGAAUCUGUCUUCAAGUAUGCUUGGUUCUUCUUUGAGCUCCUGAUAAAGAGUAUGGCUCAGUAUGUCCACAACAUAGAAAAGCAAGACAACCCACGAAGGAGUCGAUUCUCUGAUCGCUUCAAAGAUGAUAUUACCACUAUAGUUAGUGUGGUCACUUCAGAGAUUGCUGCACUUUUAGUCAAACCACAGAAGGAAAGUGAGCAAGCAGAAAAAAUGAAUAUCAGCCUGGCGUUUUUCUUGUACGAUCUUCUUUCUUUAAUGGACCGAGGAUUUGUGUUUAAUCUCAUCAAACAUUACUGUAAUCAGCUCUCAAACAAGCUGAAUUCACUCUCCAUUCUGAUUUCCAUGCGACUGGAGUUCCUGAGAAUUCUCUGCAGCCAUGAACAUUAUCUCAAUCUAAACCUCUUCUUCAUGACUUCUGCAUCUGCUCCAGCAUCCCCAUCACCCUCUUUAUCCUCUCAGAACUCUAGCUCCUGCUCUAGUUUCCAGGACCAGAAAAUUGCUGGAAUGUUUGACCUCUCAGCAGAAUUUCGUCAGCAGCACUUUCUGACUGGCUUACUUUUCACUGAAUUGGCAGCAGCGCUGGACACAGACAGUGAGGGGAUUAGCAAGGUGCAAAGAAAAGCUGUCAGUGCUAUCCUGAGCCUGCUGAGUUCCCAUGACCUAGAUCCACGUUGCUCCAAAAAAGAGGUGAAGAUUAAAAUUGCAGCUCUCUACCUCCCUUUGGUUGGUAUCAUUCUGGAUUCUCUGCCACAACUCCAUGAUUUUACAAUUUCAGAUGUUCGCAGUGGAAAGGUACGUGCAGGAAACCCAGAAGAGGAACGAGAGUCUGCAAAUGCAAUCAAUCAAAAUGUGGCCCUUGCCAUUGCAGGGAAUCAAUUCAACCUCAGGAGCUCUGGAAUAUCUCUGGUGUCCCUGCCCUACAGACAAAGUGCCACAUUAGGACCUGAUACUACUCGCAACCUUUUAAUCUGUUUCCUCUGGAUCAUGAAAAAUGCUGAUCAGAAUCUAAUACAGAAAUGGAUUGCAGACCUUCCAUCCAUGCAGCUGAACAGGAUCUUAGACCUUCUUUUCAUUUGUGUCUCAUGCUUUGAGUACAAAGGCAAACAAAGCUCAGAUAAAGUUAGCACCCAAGUACUCCAGAAGUCACGAGAUGUGAAGGCCCGAUUGGAAGAGGCUUUACUGAGAGGUGAAGGAGCACGAGGUGAAAUGAUGAAGCGCUGCAGAAUACCAGCUGGGAAUGACAGAUCAGUGGGGCUAAAUGAAAACUUGCGCUGGAGAAAGGAGCAAACUCAAUGGCGGCAGGCAAAUGAGAGACAAGAUAAGACAAAAGCUGAGCUAGAUCAAGAAGCUCUGAUCAGUGGAAACCUGGCAACUGAAGCUAACCUGAUCAUUCUCGAUAUGCAAGAAAACAUCAUCCAGGCAAGCUUUGCAGUAGAGUGCAGAGACAAUCUUUUGGGAGGAGUUUUGAAGGUCCUGGUAAAUUCUCUUGGCUGUGAUCAGAGCACCACUUACCUCACUCACUGCUUUGCUACACUCAGAGCUCUCAUUGCUAAGUUUGGAGAUUUCCUAUUUGAAGAGGAGGUUGAACAGUGUGCUGACCUGUGUCAAAGAGUUCUUCACCACUGCAGCAGCAGCAUAGAUAUUACACGGACUCAAGCCUGUGCCACUCUUUAUCUCCUCAUGAGAUACAGCUUCAGCUCCACCAGUAAUUUUGCAAGAGUGAAGAUGCAGGUGACCAUGUCCCUAGCCUCCCUGGUUGGAAAAUCACCUGAAUUUAAUGAGGAAUUCCUUCGACGGUCCUUACGAACAAUCUUAGCCUAUGCAGAGGAAGAUGCGGAUAUGCAGGCAACUCCAUUUCCCACUCAGGUAGAGGAGCUGCUGUGUAAUCUGAACAGUAUCCUGUCAGAUACAGUGAAAAUGAGGGAAUUUCAGGAAGAUCCAGAGAUGCUUAUGGAUCUCAUGUACAGAAUUGCCAAAGGAUACCAGACAUCACCUGACCUGAGGUUGACUUGGCUGCAGAACAUGGCAGAGAAGCACACCAAGAGGAAGUGCUACACAGAAGCAGCCAUGUGUCUUGUCCAUGCUGCAGCACUAGUGGCAGAGUACCUUAGCAUGCUUGAAGAUCGAAACUAUCUCCCAGUGGGCAGCGUCAACUUUCAGAACAUCUCACCCAAUGUCCUGGAGGAAUCUGCUGUUUCAGAUGAUGUUUUGUCUCCAGAUGAAGAUGGUAUAUGUUCUGGGAGGUAUUUCUCUGAAAGUGGCCUGGUAGGGCUGCUGGAACAAGCAGCAGAGCUCUUCAGCACGGCGGGGUUGUAUGAAACUGUGAACGAGGUGUACAAAAUUGUCAUCCCCAUUCUGGAAGCACAUCGAGACUUCAGGAAGCUUACCUUGACGCACAGCAAGCUACAGAAGGCUUUUGACAGCAUUAUUAAUAAGGGUCAAAAACGAAUGUUUGGAACUUACUUCCGUGUUGGUUUCUAUGGAUCCAAAUUUGGGGACUUGGAUGAACAGGAAUUUGUUUAUAAGGAACCUGCAAUUACCAAACUUCCUGAGAUUUCUCACAGAUUAGAGGGAUUUUAUGGCCAGUGUUUUGGGGAAGAUGCUGUAGAAGUGAUUAAGGACUCUGCUCCUGUAGACAAAAGAAAGCUGGAUCCCAAUAAGGCAUACAUACAAAUUACUUUUGUGGAACCCUAUUUUGAUGAGUAUGAAAUGAAAGAUAGGGUAACCUACUUCGAGAAGAGCUUCAACCUCUCUAGGUUCAUGUACACUACGCCUUUCACGAUGGAUGGGCGCCCCAGAGGAGAGCUUAGUGAGCAAUACAAGAGGAACACCAUCCUAACCACAAUGCAUGCCUUCCCCUACAUCAAAACCAGAAUCAAUGUCAUCCAAAAAGAAGAGUUUAUUUUAACCCCAAUCGAAGUUGCUAUUGAAGAUAUGCGGAAAAAAACACAGGAACUAACUGCAGCCACAAACCAAGAGCCACCAGAUGCCAAAAUGCUCCAGAUGGUUUUACAGGGCUCGGUUGGAGCCACUGUAAAUCAGGGACCGCUAGAGGUAGCACAAGUGUUCCUGGCGGAAAUUCCAGCAGACCCCAAACUUUAUCGACAUCAUAACAAGCUGAGGUUGUGCUUCAAAGAGUUUAUAAUGAGGUGUGGUGAAGCAGUGGAGAAAAACAAACGCCUAAUUACAGCUGACCAGCGGGAAUAUCAGCUAGAGCUCAGGAAGAACUAUGGGAAGCUGAAGGAGAACCUUAGGCCCAUGAUUGAGAGGAAGAUUCCAGAACUAUACAAACCUCUAGUGAAAGUCCAUAGCACAAGGGAAUCAUUCCGUAGCCACAGUUUUAGGAAGUACGAUGCCCAGACUUCUUCUCAAAGCACCUAA